AAAAAAAAAACAAUAUGGCUGUUUGACAGACGCCUUCACCUUGCCUGACGCCUUUCGCAAAUCGUUUUGUGCGAAUUUUUGCGUUGCUCGUAUUGUUUUUAACAUUUGUACCUUUUUAAACUCAUAGUAUUGACUACUGAGAUUGUGAUUACAAAGUAUGUUUUUAAAUGAUUAGGACGUAUCGGUGCCAAAAAAUCUUCCAACAAAAACAAACCUCUUAAUGAACAGACAUAACCUCAAAAAAUAAUUACCACCAAAAUGAGUAAAGCGAACGCAUUAGCCGGAUUAAUUGGAAAUUACGGUGAUUCGGAGGAGGAAUCCGAUGAUGGGGAACGCUUGUCGAAAACAAGUUCAAGUGUUGGGAGAGCCUCGGCUGUCAAAUUAGCACCACCAAUGUAUUCUUCCGAGACAAAUACUACCUCAUACAGCGCACCUAACUCGACUGCUGCUAUUCAUCCAGCACCAAUUCCACACUGUCCUUGGUCCGCAUGUUAUGAUGAAAAUAGUGGUUUCACAUACUACUGGAAUCAACAAACGAAUGCUGUAACAUGGGAAGCACCUCCAGAGUAUCUGCUUGCUCUCAAAUUGGCCCAACAACACUUGAAUACAUCAGGCUCUACAGAAGUGUCUGCAGAGGAGUGGCAGUUAUACCAACAAGCGUUAGCAGAGAAGCAAAGUUCACAAAGCAAAGUGAUACCGAAGACUGCUGCUGCUAAUUCAGCUAAGAAAGUUUCCACUACCACACCAACGUCCAAAGCAACUAAAAGAAGAUUAAGUGAUGAAGAAGAUGUCAAGAUAGAAUUAAUAACAUCUUACCACAACUCAGAUUCUGAUUCAAAUGAUGAGGCGGAAAUUCCUGUUAAGAAGCCACCUGCCCCUGUUUUACCCCCAAAAGUGACAAAACCUCUGCCCAAAAAGUCUAAGAAAACAAAUCAAAAACAAGUAGAAUACGGCCCAAGCUUACCUCCAAAUCAGAAUUAUUCUGUACCUAUAGGACCAGAGCUGCCUGUGGAAAUGAUAGCUGAAAAUGGACAUAAAUCACCAGAGAAAAUAGUUACAAAUACUGCAUCUAGUGAUGAACAGGUUAAGAAGUCAAAAGUUAAUGAGAAUGAAGACAGUCAAGAUGAAAGCGAUUUAUUGACCAAACUAAAAGACAAAGCUAAAAUUCUAGAGAAACUCGGUGGUGAAAUUCCUGUGGAAUUGCAAAAGAUUAUUCAAGAUGAGACUGCAUCUAAACCUGCCUCACCGAAGCCCGUAGAAGCGCCAUCUACCACAAAUGUAGAAGAUAGCAAACCCCAAAGUACUAUUGACACAAACAUUGAUGAUUUGUUAGAAGAAAUUGAAAAGAAGGAACUCCCUAAAGUUAAGACAAAGAAUAAAGUUGAUAUGUUCAGUGAUACAAAAUCAAAUGAUAGUCCUGCACAUAGCCCUAAAUGUGACGGUACACCACCUAGAAGUGAAAUCAAACCUCUGUUCCCUAGUAGUGAAAAUAUUACCAAUGAACCUGUAGUUCCGGUUAGUUUAUUCCCAAGUGCAGCGAACAUUGUUGAAAACUCUGUAGAUAAACCAAAGGAAACAACUCCAGUAGUAGAAAAGAAAAGUACUAAUGUGUACUUAUUGAAAGACGGAGAUGUAGUAGAAAAUGUUGGUAGGAAGAAGCUAAGAAUUUCCAACUCCGUUUUGCCGGUUAAGAGGAGUGAACCUGUGUCGUAUACUACUAAAUAUUCCCAAUCAGUAGAUGGUUUUAUUGGGGAACAUAAGGGGUUAGGUUUUAGUAAGGACGAUGAUGAUGAUAGUCCGAAAGCUGAUACAGCUGUUACUUAUGGCAAUGGUUUGGUUUUCACGAAAGGAGAGACUUUAAAUGAGGGAGCAAAAGACGAAGCCUUAGAAGACAUGGUUAGCCUUUUGGAGGCCAAGUUGAAAUACUUGACGCAAGUGCAGCCUUACAAUCUGUCGCCGGUUCAAGAGAUGAUGAUUCAAUUGCAGACGUUGAGCGCGGCGUGGCGUUCGGGCUCCCUGUCUGGGCGGUACUGGCGCGCGUGGGCGGGCGGCGCGGCGGCCGCGCUGGCGGCGCACGAGGCCGCCGCCGCCCCGCCCGGCUGGCGAUGCGCCUUCCAGAGGUCGGAAGGGCGGUACCGCUACGAGCGCGAAUCGGACGGGCUGGUGCAGUGGGAGUAUCCGGCCACUGCUAACAUGGAUAUGGAUAUAUGCACCACGCCGCCCCAUCCUGGUGUCGAAGCUAAGGAGCCUAAGCAAGAGAUUGGCGACGAAUUAAUGUCGUUCUACAACGACAUCGCAGAGCUAGAGAAGAAGACGCCGUCGGUGCCGAGCACCGCCACUAACUCGCCCGAACCGCCCGAGAGAGAGAAGGACAAACCCAAAGACAAGGAGAAAGACAAGGACAGAGAUAAAGAGAAGGCCAAAAAGAAAUCUAAGGUCAAAAUAUCAUCAUCAAUUGGGAUGAAGCACAAAUCAGUGUCGAACUUGGUCGCCAAAUGGCAACAGGUGGCUGAAGAAAUCAACUCUGAUUAGUCAAAGAAAGCAAUAUUAUUUGAUAAACAACUAUAGUCUUUAUUGCGAACGUUGUAAAUACCGAAUUCCAAGUACACCUAAGUGUAUAUAGAGUAACAUUUAUAUUACAUAUUUAUAAAUUACGUGUUUAGCAACUAGACGAGAAGAUAUUAAUUUUUUUUGAAGAUUCUGUGAAUAUACUGACGUAUAUAAUUGUUAUCUGUUUUGCUGUGCUGCUCUUAAACAUUUAAUACUUUUAUAGGAAAUUAAAUUAAAGCAGAUAUUUAACUUUCAUCUGUGGAAUUGACAAUAGAUCCUUUAUUACUUUUGUGUACAGCCAAACUUUCAGUUAUUUAACGUUAGAUUCUUUAUUAGUUUAACAACUAUGUAAAAAAAGUCUUAAGAUUAAUAUCUUAAAUGAUAAAGUUAAAGUAAGGUAAGAAUUUUAAUUUAUUGUAUAUAUAUACGUUAACUUGUUUCCAAAAUUUGUAAAUAACUUUUGUAUAAUAAAAUUGAGUGAAAAAUUGCUGGUUUUAUUUGUGAUAGGAAUAUAUAUAUAUCAUUUUAAUCAGAUUUUUUUUCUGCGUCGAUCUGUGUAUGAUUCGUAUAGAUUUAUUUAUAAAGAGUAUAUAAGAUGGAGCAAUACAAUAAUAAAAGUUGGCGCUUAAGCAACUCAAAUUUUUGAAGAUUUUUAUUGUUCACAACGCUGAAGCGCCAUGUUUUGGCGUUUUGACAACCAAUGGCGCUUACGCCCUACUAUUUGGCGUAUGAUUUGAUGUUUGCUUGACAGAAAAUGUAUAGGGGGCCGAGUGAUUUUCGCUGAAGCGACAUCUAAUUCGUAAAGUAAAGGCACUAUCUAACUUUUUAAUAGGAGAAUAUUUAGUGUUAAUUAGAACAUGAAAUGUAACUCCAAAAUUAUAGAUAAUCCAAAUGUUUACUCUUCCUGUAUGUAUUGUAGCAACUUAUAGUCUUGAAUGUAAGUAUAAUUAGCAAGUAGUACUUAAAAGUAGUAAAAUUGUAUUAUUAAUUAACAGUGGUGACAAUUAUAAUCUUGUGAUAGAAAAGAAACGGUUAAACAAUGAAAAUGGUAAAAAAUAAAGUAGGUAACUCCACAAUGAAUUUAAUACGUCAAGAUUAGACGCCGCUUGAAUACAUUGUCGCAAUACAUAUGUCCCGUGAGAUUGCUAUGAAGUUCCUUAAGAAUCCUUAACAUUUAGAAAAUAUUAUUUUAUGAAUAUGUUUUUAUUUUUAUGGCGCUAUUUCUCAUUCACAAUGAGUCAUCGUUUUUUUUUUGUGAAAAUGAAACUUUGAUCCUCUUUUUUGUACAGUUACUAAAGUGGCAUUUAAACGAUUUUGCUUUUUCACUGUCUUUAUGUUUAUACGCAGUGUAGCGUCAAAAAAUCGCACCUCCGCUAAAAUUAAUUUCAAGCGGUAUGCGGUAAUAUAACCCUUAACAGACGCAUUUACUUCCACCAAUAUUAGUGUCAUUUGAAAACCCAUUAAAUAAACUUAAAAAACAAUUCAAUUAAAUGUCUUUUCCAUUUAAUUUUGAAUGUAAUGGACUAUGUGCUAAGGGGAUUGGCGCUGUAUGCCGUAAUGCAGGUAUUUUGCCUAGCUCGGCAACAGAUAAAUAUAUAGUUAUGUUAAAGAUAUGAGUAUUAUUUUAGCCUUCGUAAAUUGGAAAUAAAUGAUUAUUAUUAAUUUUCAUUUUUCAUUGAACAGUGCAAAAAUAUAUUUACAAAAUAAAUAAAAGCCUUAAAGCCCUCAUUAAAAACAGAUUAAUUUACUCAAAAAAAAAAAAAUACAUAAGGUUCUUAAAACUUACCUAAAACCUAGUGUUACCUCCCUAGCUCGGAUGACGCCGUACGCUAACCUCAUAGAUCUUACCAAUUCUAGGAGCUCUUCUUGAAGGAUACUCGCCCAUUCCUCAAUAACAGCCUCUUCGAGCUCCUGGAGAAUCGUGGGGCGGGAUCACGAAACCGAACCUUGCGUUUCAAAUAGUCGGUGCUCUAUCGGGUUCAGGUCUGGACUUCUCGCUAGCCACUGCAUGACAGAGAUCCCAACCUCUUGAAGGUAUUCGCGCACAAUUAAUGCAGUGUGAGCGCGAGCGUUAUCCUGCAUUCAUGUGAACCACUCGCCAACAAAACUGGCAUAGGAAACCACAUGCUCUUCCAGGAUCUCUGUGACGUACCGGUGAGCAGUUGCCGACCCUUGCCCCAAUAAGAAACUCUCAACCAUACCAUGAGCGAGGAUGGAAAAUGACCUCGUUGGACACGCGAAAUACGGUUGCUCGCUUCUUCACUACUGUGUGCGUACACCUUAUCAUUUUGUUUGUUUAGCUUUCUUCUACGGUAAAAUUUUUUUCAUCCGAAAAAAGAAUUUCCCGAUAUUUUUUUCCCGCGUACCGCUUCAACAAAGCGCGGCAUCUCUUCAGUCUCAGGUCCAUUAGACGAGCAAUUAAACAAUGUCCUGUUUUUCUUCAAUAUGCCCGAAGCCCAAGUCUUCAUUUAACACCAUUUUCACCGUGGUUCUGCUUAACCCAAUCUGAGGGGCCAACAGUUUCUGCUUGCGUUUAGGAUUUCUUUGAAUUCGCGCCUUCACAGCUUUUAUCACUGCAGCCCCCCUAGCAUGAGUAACAAAACGCGAUAAGAUAUAGCGAUUUAUC